AUGGCGAGCACUUGGUCGUCCUCAACUUCUGCUCGCGAAUUCGAACUUGAGAAGGAGGUGAAAAGGCACGAGGUUGCUCUAGAUGAAUUGAGCUGUCUCUCUUCUUCUCGAAGCGUCUACCAGAAAAACGCCAACCUCUUCUUCCUCGCAACACCCGAGAAAGCGAAAACCAAUGCGCAGAAACAACUCAAACACGCAAAAUCAGAAAUUGACAGGAUUCGUUCUCAGACAUAA